AGUGAGCCGCACUCAGUUGAUCACAAACGCUUCAGCGCAUCGCCAAUAUUUACUGGUACGGAGAAACGCAAGCUUGUGGCGACUUGCUUGCUAAGUACGUAGAGUUUUUGUGUAGAGAUUUUGAGAAAAUACCGGACAAAAAAAGCCUAUAAUUUUUGUUGUCAUAGUUACAAGUGGAAACGAGUUGUGCGUGCCCCGUCAAUAAAUAUACAAAUGAAUUAAGAAAAAUGCAUUUAACUGUCAUGCAAAUGAAUGUGUAAUUAAGUAAAUAGUCGUACAUAUUUAUGAGUGAAACGAAAAAUGGAAAUUUUACAUUAAGCUUUUGUCGACAUUUAACGAGUACGAAACAGAGCUUUAACUGAGCAACGGAGUUCGAUGUGGUUAAGGGAAGAGGGUGGGAAGAAAGAGCUGCAAUACACACACACACACACGCCUAAAAAAAUAAUAAAAAAUAUAGUGUAAAUUUAAUCAAAUCCAAGCUAUUUGAAGAUAGUGUUCAUGUGUUAGUGCUUUUAACAAUAAAAAGUGUAUUAAGACGCUCCAAAGAGUGUUGUGCUAUUUAACUAGUGUAAAACAAGUUACUCAAGUUAAGACGAUAAAUCAUUAAAAGUCUCCUGCAAAGGAUGAUGGUUUUGCCGCCAUAAAAAACCCAAUGUAAGUUCGUAACCUCUAAGCCAAGCAAUAGUUGUGAAAUGUUACCGGAUAUUCAAACAUUCUGAUAAUAAGUAUCAACGAUAACUGAGGGCUGUUGAAAAUAUGUAAUGCAAUAAAAGCGAAAGUGCAUGUCUUAGCAAUAACAGUAUUCGUAACUCAAGUAUUGAUUACGACGUUCAAUACAAAGAUUUACAAAAAAUGCAUUUAAAGAAUGAUAAUGAAAUGAACUCAAAACCGGAAAUAAGCGCUCAUCUGAAUGUUGAAACGGUAGCAGCGAAACCAAGCGUAUUUAGUGCCACAUCAGCAGGAGACGAGGCACCAAUAACGCCCUCAACCUCGUCAGCUGGCAGUUGUGCCUCUUCAACAGACUCUGGCGUUAUCAUUAGCGACUACAAAAGUCUACAAGUCAACAAUGUUGAUAUCAAUCGCGACAAUUUCAAUUGCAAUGGUACAAGUGGCAACAACGCAAAAGAUAACAGCAACAGCAAUAUCGCCAACGGCUAUGACGACAAGCGGCGGCGGAGUGUGGAAAGUUUGAAAACAAACAAGAAUAUUACAAUAAAUACACAAAUUGAUAAUAAUAGCAUAAAUAUUGAAAAUGUAAUCAAUGUGCGGCGACAACGAAACUCGUCCGGCAGCAGGGCGUCUUCGAAGAAUGGCUCGCCGGCAGUGUCGAUACGCAGUAACACCAUAUCGAUCAUAUCGAUUGAUGAAAAUGCUAUCGACUCCAGCGUCGUUGACUCGGACUCGGACUAUGAAGGACAAUACAGCGGGUGCGUUGUGAAAAAGCUUGGCCAGCAAACAACCUACGAACCAAAUCACCCCAAUUUGCCGAAUAUUAAUAAAGGCAUGCAAGUGCUAAGUCAGACUAUAAGUCCAGGUGCAAUACCCCCAACAGCCGGCCCACUAUCCGAGACGAUACUCAAUGGCGGUCCGCUUGCAUCGCCCGUACUCGGCCCUCCUAUGCCGCCAAAUUCAGCGCAAAUCGGUAGCAUCGCACUCUCGAAUUCCACAGAUGUUACCUUCGGCGAUAAGCAUUUUUACGAGGGUCCCGUAACGAUACAACAGUUUCUCAUUGAUAGCCGUGAUAAAUGGAAAAACGGUGAAGACGGAAAUGAUAAUCCUGCCUUCACUGGCGAUCCAGAAAACGGCGAAAAAUUUAAUAAUUCGUCCACACCGCCCGAAACUUCGUAUAUAUUCAAUUUUCAUCGGCGAGCUGUCAUCAUUACCGGCGCUGUAAUACUACUUACAAUAUUAGCUGGAAUAGCUAUAGUCACGGUGAAUGCUCUCACAAAACAGACGAUUCGAAAAAGUAAGCUUCUAGGCGAUGGCGACGAUUCCAGAAAGCAUAUUCCAAUCAAUUCAACAAUAGCGGAUGAUAACGUGGGAGGCGGCAAGAUAUUGCGAAUUGUUCCACGUGAUGCCUGGUUAGCCCAGCCGCCUUCAAGUGAUCCGUUACCUUUGGCGACGCCCGUCAAAAAAGUCAUUGUCCUACCUACGCGCACUGAUGAUUGCGAAACUCAGGCCAUGUGCGUUUACCGGGUGCGCAUGACACAAACUCUAAACAUCGAAUCUCAAAAUCACGAUGAUAUUAUCUACAACUUUCUAAUCGGCGGCGAUGGCAAUGUCUAUGAAGGUCGUGGAUGGGAUGCUAUCGGUGCGCAUUUGCGCGGCUUCAAUUCGGAUAGUAUUAGUUUUGCCUACAUUGGUACUUUUAAAAAGCAGAAACCUUCGGAAAAGCAAAUGGACGUCACCAAAUUGCUGCUUGACGAAGGUGUGCGACUUGGUAAACUCUCACAAGAUUACAAGAUAUAUGGAGCAUAUAUGUUGGAUCCGACUUCGACGGAUGUUCAGUCAGAUGAGUUGUACAACAGCUUCAAGGGUUGGCCACAUUGGUCUGAAUACAUAGCUCAGUAAGACACAAUAUAUGUGUACAUAUGUUGUAUAUAUGUAUGUGUCAUUGGAAUCUAAACAAAUGUUUGUAAUAUUUUUAUGAAAUUUCUCAAGUUUUGUCCUAAUAAUAAUACAAUAUAUAAAGUGUGUUUCUAAAGUAAUUUUCAUAUUUGUACAUUAGUAAAUAUAUAAAUAAUCAAUUGUGAAUGUUAGCUUUUAAGUCAGUUUUAAGAAUUUAAGGAAAAGCUCGACCGAACUUGCAAUCUCAUUUUGAUUUGGUAGAAGCUUUCAUACUUUGGAGCGCCCGAUUUUAUAGAUCAUUGCAAUCUAAAGAAAUGUUUAUGAAAUUUCUCAAAUUUUGUCAUAAUAGUUACAAUCAUUUUUUCUAGUCAAAAAUAAAGCAUUUAAAAGAUUUUUUAUUGCAAAAUUUAUAAUUAUAAUAUUGUGAAGUGGUGGUAACUUAUAAUAUUUGCAAGAAAUGUUUAUGUUAAAAAACUAACAUAGAAACAUAAAACUUAAGCAUAUUUUUUUCAAUAAAUCCCCUGGAUUGUCUUGUUUGCUUUCAACAUUUCACUGAGAAAACACGAGCAAUGGAGAAAAAGCUCUCCCGUGUUGUUCAAUUGAAAUCAUUUUGAGGCAGAGUUGAAAUAUCAUUUUGUAAUUCUCAUAAAAAUAUAUAGUUUGUGAUAUUUGAAAUAGUUUUUAAUGUCAAUUUUGCAAAUCUUAAAAUUGUAAUUAUUAUCAGUGACGAACAACAAUAACAAUUAAUAUAAGCAAUUCAUUCAUAAUGAAAUAGUGACAAACUGAAUUCUUUAACAUCACUAAAAAUUAAUAAAGAAAACCAUCAACUGCA